AUGGUCCAAUCUAUGUACGGCAAGUCGGUUGCAGAGCACAGGUUCCGCCUGAAGGAUCAGGUCAAUACACUGGCCUCCUUCACCCACAUCACUGUUGAUGGAGAAUGUCUGGAGAUCGACCCCAGACAGCUGUUCCAACGCCUUGUUGUGGCUAUUCUUGGUGGCGUGGCAGUCGGUGGAGGCGCCGCAGGGUGCGUGCUUGCAGCUCGCCUGACGGAGAUCAAGGACUGGCGCGUGUUGCUACUCGAAGUAGGCGGCCCUCCACCCCUAGAGACCCGGGUGCCUGGGAUCCUUCCGAUCUCCUACAUCCCCGGGUACAACCUAGACUGGGGCUACAGGACCACGCCACAGAAGUACAGCUCCCAGAACUUCGACAAUAAGGCAGCGAGGCAGCACCAGGGGAGGGUGUUAGGUGGCGGCUCCACUGUUAAUGCGAUGUUCUACGUGCGAGGAAACAGACGAGACUACGACCACUGGGCUGCGCUAGGGAACCCCGGCUGGGACUAUCGUUCCGUGCUGCCCUACUUCAUCAAGGUCGAGGACUACCGGGGAAACCUCAGCGAGACAGCUGCCUUCCAUGGACGGGGCGGCCCCAUAGGCGUCACUCCAGCCCCCCUUACGCCCCUCACCAAGGCCUUCAUACAAGGCGGCCUAGAGCUGGGUUACCAACUGGUCGACUACAACGGCCCGGAGCAGCUUGGGUUUUCUCAAGCUACUUUCAAUAUCCGUGACGGCGUGCGGUCGUCGACGGCAGAGGAGUACCUAAAGCCAGCCUCCUCCAGGCAUAACCUACACAUCCUGCACGGCGCAAAUGUCCUAAAGAUUCUCUUCAAGCAGAGAAGAGCAGUUGGCGUCCAGUUUUUGUACAAGGACCAGGUGUUUGAGGUCGGGGCUCAACGGGAGGUAAUCCUGUCGGCCGGUACCAUCGCCUCCCCAAAGCUCCUGAUGUUGUCCGGCGUGGGCCCCAAGUACCACCUCCACCACCACCAGAUCCCUGUGGUGGUGGACCUCCCAGGCGUGGGGCAGAACGUUCACGACCACGUGGAGGUGUUGGGCCUAAGCUGGACCACCAAGGAGCCUGUUUCAUUCAACAGCUUAUUUGACACUCUUGGGCCGGCCUCCGUCACGCAGUACAAGCUCUCUAGGCAGGGACCUCUCAGUACGGCACCCCUAAACUUCCUGAACGCUUGGGUCAAGGUCCGGCCGGAGGGGGAUCCACUGUGGCCUGACAUCCAGCUGUUCUUAAACUCCGCCACCUUCGCUUACGACAAAGGAACACUCAACCCCGCCUUAUGGGGGCUUGAUGUUAAGAAAUUUUUCGAGUACGCAACAGAAAUUUUCGGUCGAGAAGGCUUCACGAUCCGGCCCGUGUUGCUCCGCCCAAAGAGCCGAGGGACCAUCACCUUGCAGUCCAGAAACCCCGACCACCACCCGCUCAUUGACCCCCAACUCCUCUCACACCCCGAUGACGUCAAGACUCUUGUGGAGGGUGUGAAGUUUGCCCUCAGGCUUGGCAACACUUCAGUCUUCUCCAACACUUUUAAGGCCAAGUUCUUCGACAAGCCCCUGCCAGACUGCGAGAGGAUUUUAUACGGGAGUGACCCUUACUGGGAGUGUUUCGUGCGCCACAUGACCACUACAUUCUACCAUAUCACCGGCAGCUGCAAGAUGGCUCCCCAGACAGACCCCCUGGGUGUGGUGGAUCACAGACUGAGGUUGCGAGGCGUGCGAGGUCUACGGGUGGUUGAUGGCUCUGUCAUGCCCCUCGUAAUAUCUGGUAACUCCCACGCCCCUACUAUCAUGAUCGCCGAAAAGGGUAGUGACCUCAUUAAGGAAGACUGGGGCAGGUAACCCCGACAACAUCAAGCCUCGCUGACAAGCACGCAAGCCAAUCCGCCCAGUGACAGAUGGAAGAAAUUUGUAUACGCCUCAGUUUCUUCCUUCAAAACUGCUUUGUAAUUUGCCCUUCAAUUAUUUAUUGACAUAUUUGAAGAUGAAUUAAGUUGUUUUGAUUGCGUUAGUGUAUUCGAAUAUAUUGAGUCCCACGAAUUUUAUCCAUCUCUCUGUACUUUCAUCUCCAGUUUCCUUUCAGGUCGAUCUAUCUUCACUGGUGUAAACAGUAACUCUUUUACCCCUAAACCGAUCAACUGUUGUGUUUCGCAGGCUUUGAUUCUAUCUCCCUCUCUCCUUAUGUUCUUCAAUAAUGAUCUUUCUAAACGAACUAUUCUAUCUACUCAAGCCGAUGACUAUUCUGCAUUACUCAACAUUUACUUUAACAAGUCCCUCUCAACAGAUAGUAUACGGCUCACUGAUGGACUCUACAAAACGCUUAUUCUCUCACCUUGCUGCCAUUUCUGAAUGGGGCAGGAAGAAGAAGGUGUCCAAUACCUCAGAAACGUUAUUUCCCUCCUAAUAACUCGACACCACCUUUUAGACAUAUAUCAAUAUUCUUCGAAAACACAUUUUCUUCUUUUUCUACAUAAGACAUUCUUGGCCUGUUGAUGACUCAGAAGUUCAACUGAAAACUUUAUAUUUCAUCUCGUCACUAUCCCAUAUCUCAUCUCGUCAGUAAGAUGGGUGGUACAUACGUAUUCUUUUAAUUAUAUUGUUUAAUUAUCGUUUGCCGCGCUACUAGCGAGUAAGACAAUUAUUCUUCGUAGUGCUCCGUCCAUCUGUUACCAUGGGCAGGAUCAAAGGACACAGGGUCUACCGGAGAGCGCGUCAAAUUUUGAAUCAACUGGCGCAUGAGGUCAUCAGGCGAAGGGUUGGUGGGUUCAGCCAAGAUCUAAAGAAAGGGAAGUCAACUCAAGGUCGGCUCAAAACUCGUCCCAUUCCGCUCAUCUUCUCGAGGCUCCUCCCUCUGACCAAGUGACGUAGCACAGGGUAUAAAAAAGAAGUUGACCGAGCAGGCAACCCCUCCAGUCACAUUCACACCGAAACAAGUGAAGGGACCAGGCCUCUCUCUCUCUCUCUCUCUCUCUCUCUCUCUCUCUCUCUCUCUCUCUCUCUCUCUCUCUCUCUCUCUCUCUCUCUCUCUCUCUCUCUCUCUCUCUCUCUCUCUCUCUCUCUCUCUCUCUCUCUCUCUCUCUCUCUCUCUCUCUCUCUCUCUCUCUCUCUCUCUCUCUCUCUCUCUCUCUCUCUCUCUCUCUGUGCCCCGGUAUACUUGUGUGUGUGUGUGUGUGUGUGUGUGUGUGUAUGUGUGUGUGUGUGUGUGUGUGUGUGUGUGUGUUGGUAUACUUGUGUGUUUGCAUACUUGUUUGUAUGUAUGUGUGUGUAUACCUGUGUAUGUGUGUGUGGCGGAGAGGGUGGGCUGGUGGGCGGGUGGGCAGGUCUCCUUCCUCACUUUAGGAGCCGAUUAGUGAAUGACUCUGUCCACAUUUGCACUUGGGUGUGACUUAAUUAGCUAGGAGUGGUUAUCAGUCAGGUGGGCGGAUGCUGACCUUGACUAAAGAUCAUCCCUCAGGUGGAUGGGGCAAGUGUGGUGGGGCUUUGCUACAUAUAGACAGAUUAUAUAUAUAGAUGGAUAAAUGAACAAAUACAGAUAGAUGGAUAGAUAGAUACAUAAAUAUAGGUAUAUAGUAUGUAAUAGCUUGUGUAAUGACCUUUACGCAUAACUUGUGUUCAGGAUAUAAUGGAUAAGCUCUUAUAUGCUUUCAUAACUAAUGUUUCUUUCCGUUUCACAGUUUUGCAUAUUAAUUGAUUCUGGUAUGGAUUAAUUACUGAAUGUGGUAGUUUUAUUUACCCUGAAGUAGAAAGGGGAAAAUGUUAUGUAACUGCAAAGACUGCUGAAUUAUGUCAAUAAAAUACAUCUAAUGUGA